AUGCCAGACACUGAUAGCCACUCCUUUUCUCUGAUCUCUGAGCCGGGGAUCGAGACGAUAUACACACCAACAGAACAAGACACGGACGAUUAUGAUUUCGUUUUUGAAGACGGCCGAUCUGAGUGUGUGCAGCAAGACAAUGGAUCGAGUUGUUGCACUUCACUGGCGCCCAGCAUGUUGGACUAUGAACACUCUAAUGGGCGACGCUAUCACGCCUAUUUGAGCGGGAGAUAUCCUCUGCCAAAUGACAAAGGCGAGCGAUGCCGCGAGUUGGCUGAGCAUAUUUUGAUGCAACACCUUCUUGAUGGUGAACUCUUCUUGUCCGACAUUGGUGACAAACCGAAGAAGAUAAUCGAUAUUGGCACAGGCACUGUCGCCGAUUUGUAUCCAGGGGCGAGCGUAAUUGGAACAGACCUGUCACCAACUCAGCCCAAGUCGAUGCCGCUGAAUGCAUGCAUGUUUGUCGAGGACUGCGAAGAUCCGUACUGGGCAAACGGAUACGACUUCGAUCUGGUCCAUUUCAGAGGAAUGGCCGGGUUUCUUCUUGAUCUUGACGCCAUGGUCGCUAACGCCUAUGAGCAAUUCCAAGACUUCGACUACACAGUUUGCUGUGACAACGGCACCAUGAAGAAAGACGACCCUUUGCAAGUGUUUUUCGAUACCUGCGCUCGGGGAAUGCGAAAGUACGGCUGUACCAACUUUGGCCAGAGUAAUAUUCGAGAAUCUCUAGUCUUUGCUGGCUUCACUCAAGUUGAGGUGGUGAACAAGAAAGUGCCCAUUGCACGUUGGCCAAAAGAUGAGGGACUAAAGGAUAUUGGGACGAUGAUGGAAGCUAACAUUUCCGAUCUCAUUGGGGCCAUUGCCAUCAAGCCUUUAAUUGCUUUGGGAAUGUCGGCAGAUGAGAGAAAAGGGAUGAUCUCUCAGGCUUGUCAGAGUCUCAAGAAAGGCAAGGCUCAUCGGUACAUGAACUGUCGCAUCGUUUUUGGCAAGAAAGAUGGUGACGAAGGUGCUUGCAAGUCCUGA